GGAUUCACGCCGAAGCUGUUCAGCACCUUCACGCAGUUUGACCUCAACCUGAAAGAAGGCGCUGCCUCUGUUGAUGCCGAUGAGGCCAAGAAGCACAAGAUCCGGAUGUCAAUCAUGGAGGAAGAUCAGGAGAACAUGCCUUGGCUGCGCGGCAUCGUCGACCACCCGGGCUUCGACCUCUUCUUCGCAACCGUGGUGAUCACGAACUCCAUCUUCAUCGGGGUGGAAGUGCAGGAGAACCUCAGCAAUGACGGCUCCAACUCUGUCGCGGUCCAGGUGAUCAGAAAUGUUUACACCUUCCUCUUUACCGUGGAGCUCAUCCUGCGUGUGGGUGCCUACAGGCGGGACUUCUUCUGUGCCAGCGAAUGGAAGUGGAAUUGGCUUGAUGUUUUCAUUGUGCUAUGCUCUCUCUGGGAGGCAACGGUGGAGAUUUUGAGUUCCGUUCUCGAGAACAACGAUGCCCUCGACUCCGUCGCCGGCCUGACAGGGCUGCGGAUGGCGAGGCUCAUCCGCAUCACCCGCGUGGUUCGCGUAGCAAAGCUGGGAAGGAUCCUGCGCUUCGUGAUGGCCCUUCGUACACUGAUCCAGUCGAUCAUCUACACGCUGAAGUCACUGAUCUGGGCUCUGGUGCUCCUGGCGCUCAUUGUCUAUGUUUUCGCCGUUUUGUUCGCGCAGGCCGUGGGGGACCACGUCCUGGAUCCGAAUGCAGAGCCACUCCCAGAGGCCGCGGAGCGAUACUUCUAUUCGCUGCCCAUUGCCAUGCUCAGCCUCUUCAUGAGUAUCGCCGGAGGUGUCAGUUGGGAAGAUGUCAUCCAACCGCUGAUUGCCAUGUCACCUUUGUGGGCUUUCGUCUUCAUCUUCUAUGUGGCCUUCACGUACUUCGCAGUGCUCAAUGUGGUUACUGGUGUCUUCUGUCAGAGUGCCAUCGACAGCGCGCAGAGCGACCAUACGAUGGUGAUGCAGUCCAUCCUGGCAAACAAGGAAGCGCACGUCGAGAAAAUCCGGUACCUGUUCAGCGAGAUUGACGCAGAGGAUCGGGGGGUCAUCACCUACCAGAUGUUCGAAGAGAAGGUGAACGAUCAAGCCGUGAAGGCCUACUUCGAAUCCAUGGACCUCGACGUUUGGGAUGCUUGGUCUUUCUUCAAGCUUUUGGAUCUGGAUUCAGGUGGUGCCGUCGAGAUUGAGGAAUUUUUGAUGGGAUGCCUGCGCCUCCGAGGGAGUGCCAGGGCGAUGGACAUCGCGAAGCUCAUCCAUGACCAGGCAUGGCUCAUCAAGAACCAGAGCAGGUUCUGGACCUUUGUUGAGGUCGAACUUCAAUCGCUCCGGGAGCAGGUCCAGCACUUCGCACCGGUUCCUAUCGGUGGCGUCUCCGCCGCUGGAGUUUCUGUGGCAAGCUCCUACAGAGAGUGA